AUGCAAAUCACUAUUUUUGGUAGGUUUUUUUUAAAUUAUUUAUUUUUUUUAAUUUUUAAAUUUGCAUAAUCUUUACAGGUAUACCAUUAUUCCUUUUAUUAUUGUUAAACUCAAGUUUUGCUCAUAUUCGAAAACAUCACAAAAGAUCGUUGGAAAAUGGUUAGUUUUUUGAAAAAUCCUUUGAAAAAUUCAUGACCACCUGCUUUUGAUUUAUUUUUUUUUUGCUGUAUUUACCCAUGACAUAGUAUUUCAUGAACAAAAAAAGUUUUCAAUUUUUGCUGCGCGACUCUCUGAAGAGCACAAAAAUGAGCUGAAAAUCUAGAAUUUUCUGAAAAUCGCGCCUAUAAUUCAUGUUAGAGAAAAUUUUAAAUCAAAAACUAUUUUGAUUUAAAAUCUUCUCUAACAUGAAUUAUAGCCUCUUAAAACCGCGAUUUUCAGAAAAUUCUAGAUUUUUGGCUCAUUUUUUUUGCUCGUCAGAAAGUCGCGCAGCAAAAACUGUGCAAAAAGGUGUAUGUUUAACAUAUUUCCCUCGUAAGCUUGUCCCUGUCAAGCCGGGAAUAGUUAAAAGAACACACUUGCGCAACUAUACAAUGUUACCUAACAAAAGUGUAAAGUGCAAGGGUGAUUCACAGCCAUGUGAAAGUGUAAGAAACUAUUGUAGUAAAUAUCUUUUUUUUUUUUUUUGAAAAAAAAAUUCUUGUUGUAAGUAGAAGAGCAGCUGGUGAAAAUGACACUAAGGACUAUUAUAGGAUCAUAUAAUUUAGUGGUUCUUCUUUUUCUUUUUUCUUGUCAAGAGACAGAUUGUCCUAAUAAUUAUUAAUAACUGCUAAUUUAAAUAUUCACCUGUGGUAAACAACAUUUAAUUGUUGGGGCGAAAUUAUUUUUAUUCCAAAUUUCCGCUCAUUUCAAAAUCUCAUCCAUCAAAAGCGAGCCUAGAUUCUAAUCAGAUAUAGAACAAAUAAAUUACGCAAUUUUAUCCCCCCUUUUCCUCUAUUUUUCGAAUACAUUUCCACAUUUCCACAUUUCUAUGUUAAAAUCAGUGUCACAAACAUGAUGGAUUGAAAAUUUCUUCUCUUUUUCUCCUUCCAUUGGACCCUCUUUUCUUGAUUGCAUAAUGGAUAGAAAAGAAAUUGAAAAAACGAAAAGAAAAGAAAGAAAAGAACAGCAGAUGCCAGAACAACAAAUAAUUGACCAAUGGGUUUUUUAAUGGUUUGGCAUGAGAAAAGCUUUCUAAAACAAAAGGAUAGACUAUUUAUGGAAAACCUGGAAUUUUUCUGGAAAAAGGGGAAAAAUAUACAGAUUAGAGACAACGUAAAAUUGAGAGAGCCUAGAGAAAAAAGAUUCCUAAUUUUUCUCUAGGCUCUGUCUUAAUUUCACGUUGUCUCUAGAAUAUUAUUGUGAUUAGAGAGAGACAAUGUGAAAUUGAGAGAGUCUAGAGAAAAAAGAGUUCUAAUUUUUCUCUAGGUUCUCUCAAUUUCACGUUGUCUCUAAUUAGAAUAUCUCUAUUUUUAAAAAUGAAAUAUUUUUUUGAAAAUUUACGUGACAUAUAAAAAUUUAUCCCAGUCAUUUCUAAAAAUAAUUCAUUUCGAAAAUUUGUUACCUAAACUAUUGGUGAUUUUUUUCCAGAUCCUCGAAGCAUCGGAUUCUCCUUCGAGAACCAGCCAACCAGAAACACAACCAGUUUCGGACCGCAACUACUCGAAUGCUCCUAUAUUUUGGCACAUGAGAAGAGCGAAGUGCAAGCGGUUCGAGUUGAAUGGCGACGAGAUGGCGUGUUGGUGAAUGAGAAGGCGAAUUCGCGAAUGUGAGUUUUGAUGAUCAAAAAACCGUAAAAUUUGUGAAAAACGCACAUAUUUACUGCAAAAAUAAUCAGAGAAACCUCCGGAGAAGCACAAAAAUCGCAAAAUAAUUCAAAUUUUCACCAAAAUCUCUAGAGGAGCUCUGAAACUACCCAUUUUACCCCAAAAAUAUUCUCGAAAUACCACAGGGUGAUUCUCAAACCUUGCGAGAUUAUUUUUACGGUAAUAUGGGUAGCUUCAGAGCUCCUCUAGAGAUUUUGAUGAGAAUUUAGUGCUCUGAUGCGAUUUUGUGAUUUUCAGCAGAAAAUUUGUCCUCUUUGGGUUUCUCCAGAGCUUUCUCUGAUUAUUUUUAUUUUAAUUUUCCUCAUCCGGAUAUUUGAGAUUAUUUAUGUUACAAGAGGGGAACUGCCUAUAGAUUUUCAAUAAAAAUAUGUUUUCUAGUUGUCUGAAAUUGCAGAUCUCAACUCUUAAUAUGAGUUAUGACGUGGCAAAAAUUUUGAAAGCUGAAAACUGGCUUCAAAAAUGAUUUUCAUUCAAAGCUGAUAGCACAUAGUUGUUCAGGAGAAUCAAUUUUGAAGAUUUUUCAAAAAUUUUUUCAUCAAAACCAUUUUAAAAGCGAGUUUUGAUCUGCCGAAGCCGCAAUUUUCCAACUUUGCCACGUCAUAACUCAUAUUGGGAGUUGAGAUCUGCAAUUUCAGACAACUAGAACGUGAUCAGCGUGUCUGAAACUACCAGAAAACGCAUAUUUUAUUUUAAAAAAUAUUCUCAAGUGUUUGAAAUUUCAUAAACACUCCAGAAAGAGUAAAAAUAGCUCUAAUCCUUUCUUCUUCUUCUUCCUUUUCCUGUUAAUCUUAUACAUAUAUCUACAACUUUUUGCUUUCUCUCCCCCUCUUUUUACUCCAUCAGAAUUUGUCUCUCUUAAUCCCCUAUUCAUUCAUGCAUAUAUACAUUUUGCAACAACUCAACUUCAACUUUUUGGCCUUCUUUUUAUUUAUGGAAACAAACAAGCGGUUGUAAUUGUUUUGGUCCACACUCCAUUUCGAAAUGCAUUUUUUGGUGCUGUGGAGAAAAAAAAGGAGGAAUAGAAAAAGUUAUGAAAUAGUCAUAAUCUUAACAAAAAAAGAGUACACUUGAGACAAUUGUUGCGUGAGGGAUUUUGAGGAACAAAAAAUAUGGAAAGGAGUACUGUAGGAAACGAAGAUUUUUAUUAGACAUUGUUGAUGAAAUAAUUGAUCUCCGGGUUUUCUUUCAAUUGGAAGUUGAAAGAUUUAUGGAUUGUACAAGGACCUUUCUUCGGAAUUUGCAGGGUUUAAAUUAUAAUCCACGUGGCAUGAAUUUUUAAUUUUCUAAAUUUUGGGUGGAAAAAAUCCAAGUGGCUUGAAUUUUUAAUUGAAAAAAAAAAUUUGAGUAAAAAAUCCACGUGGUACAAAUCUUCAAAUUCCAGGAGCUAAUAAUCCACGUGGCAUAAAUAUUAAAUUUCAGCAGCCAAAUUUCCACGUGGCGUUAUUUUUAAAUUGUUUGAGUAAAAAAUCCACGUGGCACAAAUCUUCAAAUGUCAAGCCCUAAAAAUCCACGUGAAAUGAAUUUUGAAAUUUCCAAUUUUGAGUGCUAAAAAUCCACGUGGCAUACAUUUUUGAGAAGAAAAAUCCACGUGGCAUGAAUUUUUGAGUCAAAAAUCCACGUGACAUUGAAUUUUUGAAAUUUCGAAUUUCGAGCUCUAAAAAUCCACUUGACAUAAUUUUUGAAAUUUCAACUUUUUGAGAAAAAAAAUCCACGUGGCGUAAAUUUUUGGAAUUUCGAAUUUCGAGCCCUGAAAAUCCACGUGGCACAAAUUUUAGUAUUUCAAAAAUCCAUGUGGCAUAUAAAUUUUUGAAAUUUCAAUUUUUGGGUUAACAGAGAAGGUGUUGUUAUUUUUUUUGUAGAAAUCUUUGUUAUUUACUCGUUCGCUCGGUAUACUUCCUUCCUUCCUUCUUAUUUCCCUUUUUUAGCUUAGCUUAGUCAAAACAAAAUUUGAAAGGUGAUAUGUGUAUUCAUGUCAGUUUGAAUAGAAUAGAAAUGUAAAUAUCGAUUGACAUUUCAAGGUUAGCCCUGAAGAAACAAGUUGAUUUAGUGCAACUCUGAUUUUUUUGUCUACUUGACCUCAGAACAUCUGGAAACUAUACAUAUGGUGAAUGGUUGAAUCAUCAAAAACUAUAUAAUAAUAAUAAUAAUAAUAAUAAUAAUAAUAGUUUUUGAGGAAAAACAAACAUUAAUAAAAGAAAAUAAAGUUGUAAUGAGUUUUCAAGAAAAGAGGCACAUAUUUUUCUCAUUUUCCCACCAUUUCGUUUUUCUUUCGUUUUUUAAUGUUCUAACACCAUCUGUCAUAAUUCAAGUGGACAAAGAGAGACAACCUGCUGGGUGGUCGCUGGGGAAAAAAAGAAAGUAAAAAAAAAUUACAAAAAUAUACACAGAUAGAAGCAUAGAUUUUAUUUUCUUUUAAAAAAAAGCACAAAAUUAAAUUUUUUUUCCAGAAAAAUCUCGGUAAAUGGCUCACUAUGGAUCGAAAAUAUGUCGAAUUCCGAAGAGGGAACCUAUCAAUGUGCUGUUCAUGUUACAACAACGCGAGAAGGACAAACUGAAACCUGGACAUUUUUGAGUAGAAAAGCUCUGUUGAAAAUGGCGGAUUUGGCGAAAUUCGAUACUCAGCCAAUUGAUCGAAAUAUUGCAAAAGGUCAACCGACUGCUUUUCAUUGUUUGACUUCAGCUUCGAAACCUUCUCCGAGUGUUUCUUGGUAUCAUAAUGAUAAAUUGAUUGAGAAUAAAGGUUGGUUUGGGAUUUUUGAGCAAAGGAAGCUCACUUUCUGUAAAUUUGGCUGUUCAACUAUAUUUCAAAGGUCGCUAAAAUAUAGUUAUGACGUGACAAAAAAUCGUGUAUUUUUCUACUGAAAUUAAAUAUUUUUGAAUUCUGGGGUCAAACUCAUAAAAGUGGUACACGAAAAAACAUUUAAAUUUUUUUUUAAUUGUUGUCUGGCCAGCCACGGAUUGGCCGAGAUGUGGUCCAAAAAUUGCUGAACCUAAUUUUUCUAAAUUAAUUUUUGGAGUACCACUUUUAUGAGUUUGACACCAGAAUUCAAAUUUUCUCUGAAAUUAAAUACAGUACCCAAAAAAUCUGACAGUUUUGCCACGUCAUAACUAUGUUUUUGGCGAGUUUUGUACCCUUUAAUUUUUGGAGUUAUCAUAUCUCUAUGGCAGUUCAACUAACAUCCCAAGAGCUAAGAACUCCAAAAAUAAUAGAGUACACAACUCGUUGAAAAUAUAGUUAUGACGUGGCAAACUUGUCGGAUUUUUGGGUACUGUACCUCAUUUCACAGGCAAUAUUUUUAAUUUCUGGUCAUAAAAGUGGAAUACCAAAAUCUUUUACGAAUUUGCCCAAAAAUUCAAAAAUUUUGUCUCUGAAAUGAAAUACAGCACCCAAAAAAUCUGACAGUUUUGCCACGUCAUAACUAUGCUUUUUGGAGUUAUUAUAUCUUAGAAACUCCCAAAAUUACAGAAAAUGUGUAUUUUGUGAAUCCUUGUAAGCUCAAGCAGAGCAGGAAAAUAGAGAUUCCCCCUGAGACCACUUUCAAACUGAUUCAAUCUUGUUUUAUUCUAGACGGAGGCGAAUAUCACAUUUUGCCGCUUUCGAAUACUUUGGAGAUUAGUUCGACACAAACUCGACACGAGGGAACAUAUCGAUGUGCAAUUGAGGGAGCUGGGAAGAGAAGAAGUAGUCAGACUGGAAGACUUAGCAUUUCAACUGGUUUGUGGUUUUUUUGAGGGGGAAGGGAGUAAUCUGAUAUAGGAUUAUUUAUAAAUCAUUAAAAUUUACGAGACUUGCAAAAGAUACUGGAAAAGCGGGGGGAAAAAGAAGAAUAUGUAUUUUCUAGUUUUUGCUUAAAUUUUGUUGGAGACUUGCAGAAACUGGGCUUCGCACAGUUUAAAACUUUUGAAAUUUGAAAAAAGUGAAAAAAAUCGCGUCAAGUUGACACCGAAUAAUUCUAGGCACGAUUUUUUGCUCAAAAACUGUGCCAGGCUUGCAGAAUUUAGGCUCCGCCUAUUUUCCGAAGAAAAAUCGAUUUUUUUGCUCAAAAACUGUGCCAGAAUUGCAGAGUUCAGGCUCCGCCCAUUUUAUAAGGUUUUAAAUUAAAAAAAAUCGAUUUUUUCAACAAAAAAACCGUGCCAGAAUUGCAGAAAUUCAGUUUUUCCCAAAAAUAUUUGAAUUUUGGGCGAAAAAAUAUUAGAGAUCUGAAAUUUUCAACCCUAAUUUUUUCCAGAAGAAAAACAAUUUUUCGCGCAAAAAUUUGCAAAAAAAAAAGAUUUUCCCCCCAAAAAAAACCGUGCCAGGAUUGUAGAAAUUUCAUUUUAUUCGAAAAAUAUUUGAAUUUUGGACCAGAAAAUAUUUUUGGAAUUUUUCAACCCUAAUUUGUUUCCAGGAGAAGUUUCAAAUGACCUGGUCUUCAUUUCAUCUCCACGACUUCAAGUAGUUGAAUUAAACGAUGAUAUUCUUCUCGAAUGCCUUGUCUCCUCAAAAACCCGCCCACAAGUUCGAUGGCUCAAAGAUUCCCGUCAAAUAAUUGUUGAUGGCACACGUGUUCGACGUGUCGGUGUCUCCUCAAUUCUCAUCUCAAAAGCAAUUCCCGAUGAUACCGGAUUGUAUACUUGCCGCGCAUCGAAUAAUGAUGAUAGUAUUGAUCGCGCGGUUUCAGUCGAAGUUCGAACACCACCAAAGAUCACGACUUUGCCGAUGACAAAAAUCGCGGUUGAAACAGCGGAUGUUGAUUUGGAAUGUGUGGCGGCUGGAAGACCGGAAACCACGAUUUCGUGGUUCAAAAAUGGGGAAGCGAUAAUUGCGAGCGAAUAUUUUGUGAUUGAACCAAAUCGACUGCGAAUUCUUGGAGUUGUACGAACUGAUCAAGGAGUUUAUCAAUGUUUGGCUGAAAAUGCGGUUGGAAGUGAGCAAGCGAGUGCACAAUUACUUGUUGAUGCGCCAGGUUAGUAGAUUUGGCUGAAAAUUUGCGUAAAUUUGAAACCAAAUGAGCCUAGGCUUGAAAUUCGUGCCAAAAAAUUGCUCAAAAACUGUGCCAGAAUUGCAGAAUCUCCAAAUUUUGAAAAGAAACUGUGCCAGGAUGAAAAAAAUUUCAAAAACUUGUGAAAAUCAGGAUUUUGUCAUUGGAGCGCAUUUGCUAUUUUCUGGCGCCAAAUCUCUUAAAAUUAACGAUUUCCAAAAAAAAAAUCUAAAUUUUAACAAAAACUAUUAUUUUUUGAAAUUUCUGAAAUUUUAAAGAAAAAAAGCAAGCGCGCUCUAAUGAUAAACUCUCAAAUUUCACGGUAUUUUAAAGCGUCUAGAUAAUUUUAACGUGGAAAAUUCGAUUUUUCAACAGAAAAUUUAUCUGGGAACCUUGAAAGCUCUUGAAAAUCAAUUUGGAGCGAGUUUUGAGGUUUUAAAAUUUUACAGAAAAAAGCAAGUGCGCUCUAAUGAUAAACUAUUGAGUUUCACGGUAUUUUAAAGCUCCGAUAUCAUUUUUACGUGGAAAAUUCGAUUUUUCAAUAGAAAUUUAUCUGGGAACCUUGAAAAGCCGUGAAAAUCAGGAUUUUGUGCUCCUAUAAUAAAAAGAGCCCCUAUUCUAGGACCCACAUUUUUGGCGAGUAGAGGGCUUUUACCCCGAAGAGAAGACGCGAAAUUGUCUGAUGGUAAUUGAUUUUUUGUGUGAAUUUUUUGAUUUGAAACGAAAAUCUGAUUAUAACUUGUGUGAAUUUGAAACUGAUUUUGAUUGAAUAACUUCCAGCACUCACAUUCCAAAAUUAAAUUAAAUUUUAAAAAAUUCCAGAUUCGUCAGCAGUUGCUGCAUCUUCUGGUCAACCAAUGGUUGCAUCUUCUCCACUUGGCCUUCGAAUUUCAACAGUUGGAAGUCGAUUUAUCAACAUUGAAUGGGAUCGACCAGUUCAGUCAAAUGGAAAUAUAAUGAGAUAUCAUGUAUUCUAUAAAGAAUCUGGAAGUGAUCGAGAACGAAUGAUCAACUCGUCGACAACUUCAACAACACUUUCAUCACUUCAACCAUCGACGUUGUAUUUGAUUCGAGUUGCGGCUGAAAAUGAGGCUGGAAUGGGCAAGACGAGUGAUAAUUUGAAGGUUUCGACUAGUAAAGAGCGUGAGUUUUUUUGAAGGAUGAGGGGUGAAAGAAUCUAGAAAUUCGACUCAAACUUCCACUCAAAAAUAUGCUGAAAAAUCCACGUGUAAAAUCAGAAAACAGUUUUUUUUUGCUCAAAAAUUCCAGAAUUUUCAGAGAAUUUUUUAGCGGUGACUCAGAUUAUUUUUCAAAAAUAUCAGUUGGAAAAAAUCCGUGGAUUAAAAAAAUUCACUGAAAAUUCUCAAAUUUUUGAGCAAAAAAAAAUUUAAUCCUGAUUUUCCACGUGGAUUUUUGCAACUGAAAAUUUAGAAAAAAACUUUGUCUCGUGAUGAAAUUUUUUAGAAAAAAUUUGGAGGUUUCUCAGAAUUUUCAGGGAGUUUUUUAGCGGUGGUUUCAGAUUCUAUUUUUCAAAACUUUCAGUUGGAAAAAAUCCGUGGAUUAGAAAAAUUCACUGAAAAUUCUCAAAUUUUCGAGAAAAAGGCUUUAAUUCUGAUAUGCCACGUGGAUUUUUUCCAACUAAUUUCAGACUUUAAAAUUGGAUUUUUUUCAACUUAGCAUUUUUUUAAAUAUAAAAUUGAAAUGUAUAUUUUCCCCCUGAAAUUUGAAUUUAGAAAUUAUGGAUUCAUUUUUUGAAAAACCUGAAUUCUGAGUUGCCACGUGGAUUUUUUGCAGCUAGAAAAUUUGAAACAAAUUUUUUAUCUGAAAUUAAAUUUCUGAAUUCAUAAAAAAAUUCCCCAGAUUCAUUUUUUAAAAAUUGUGGCAUUUUUUCAAAUAAGAAGCUUUGAAAGCUAGAAUUUCAGGUAAAAAAAUGGUCGCAUAAAUUUUUACCUUUAAUUUUGGUUUAAAUUUUCCCUAGCCUAAUGGAUUUCCUAAUUAUAGAAGCUGUACCUGGAAAAAUAUCGUCAUUGAGUGCAAUCGCAACUGGCGCCGAAACAAUUGAAAUAAAAUGGAGCCCACCAACUGGCGGACAACCUGCACUUCGCUAUAAAAUAUAUUAUUCCAAAGAUCCACCGGAAAAGAAUGAAAAGGAGACACUUAUCACAACUUCUUUCACCACAUACACUCUCCACGGAAUGGGAAAAUAUACGGAUUAUCAGAUUCGAGUUGAGGCCGAAGGCGGAAAUGGAAGUGGAUUGUCAAGUGAUGUUGUGAAAGUGCGAACAUUGUCUGAUGAACCAUCAGCGCCGCCACAAAAUAUACAAGCGGAAGCGGAUUCGUCGACAAGUGUUCGAGUGAGUUGGGAAGAACCGGAUGGGGAUUCGGUGAAUGGCGAAAUCACGGGAUAUCGAUUGAAGUAUAAGACGAAGGCGCGGGGAAGCAAAGGAAAUACGUUUGUGAUUGACGCGUCGGCGAGAGAAUAUACGAUGGGCAAUUUGGAGAGCAAUACACAGUAUUUGGUUCGAUUGGCUGUUGUUAAUCAUGUUGGUUUCGCUUUUUUUUGGGUGAAAAUUAUGAAUUUCACAGUUUUGAGCUGCAAAAAAUCUAUCAGAGAAUAGUUUUUUUGCAUAGAAAUUUUAGGGAAUUUUCAUGAUGAGAAAAAUUGGGAAAUUUCAAUUCUAGGCACUGAAAACUGAAAAACCUAAAUUUCAAAUUUUCAUCGAAAUUUUUUUUGAAAAGUUUUCCACUUCGCAAUUUAGAAAAUUAGGUUUUUUUUCAAAAGUUUCAGAAGUUUUAGGGAAUUUUCUAGGGUGAGAAAUAUUGGGAAAUUUUUUUUAAAAUAAAAAUCCACGCGUAGAAUCAAAUUUUCAGAAAAAAAUUAGUUCCAGAAUUUUCAGAGAAUUUUUAUGAUGACAAAUUUCCACGUGGCAAAUCAGAAUCAAAGCUUUUAUACUUACUUUGAUAAAAUCAGAUUUUAAGCCUUUUUCUCAGAAAUUCUAGAAUUUUCAGAGAUUUUUUUGAGGAUGAGAAAAAUUGGAAAAUUUCAAUUCUAGACAGUUCUAAAAGAACUGGAAUUCAAACUUUCAUCGGAAUUUUUUUUUGAAAUAAGUUCCCACGCGAAAAAUCAAACUAUCCGAAAAAAAUGAAAUUAAAUUAGUUGGAAAAUAGCCACGUGGCAACAGAACAAAUUUUUAUUUAAAAAGUUAGGACAAAAUUUUUAGCUACAAAAAAUCCACGUGGCAAAUCAUAAUCAAAGCUUUUAUCCCGAAAUUCAGACAAAAUCUUUGGGUUUUUCAAAAUUUUGAGCUCCACGUGGCAAAUUAGAAUUAGAAUGUUUUUUUUUUCUUCAGAAAUUCAUGAAACUUAAAAAUCAUUCACGUGGCAAAUCAGAAUUUUCAUUUUUUUAAACAAUUUUUAAACCCUUGAAUUAAGAUUUGCCACGUGGAUUUUUUCCAACUGGAAUUUCUCAAAAAUCACCUGAAUCACCACUGAAAAUUCUCCUUUUUUUUUUGAAUUUCAGAGAAUUCUUUAUUGGUUUGACUCACAUCAGAUUCUAUUUUUCAAAGUUUUAGUUGGAAAAAAAAUCCAGGUGGAAAAAAUAUCAGAGCGCAUUUUUAUGACGAAAUUCAGGCAAAAAUGCCUUUUCUCACAUUUUUCUCAAUUUUUGGCUGCAAAAAAUCCACGUGGAAAAUCACAUCUCGAGGUUUAUUUUGUCAAAAAUUAUUUUCAGACAAAGUUUUUUCUCCCCAAAAUUCUAGCUACAAAAAAUCCACGUGGAAAUCACGAAAAGAUUAUUCAACUGAUGAAAUUUUAAAAAUUUCCCAAAACAAGUUUUGACAUUUUUUCACCACAAAUAUUAUUUUUGCAGAACGGAACCGGUCCAUUUUCCGAUUGGAUAAACGUCGACACACCCGGACAAGACAAAGAAGAACGAACUCUGGGAGCUCCGCGCGAAAUCCGCCCACACGCCGGAAUCGACUACAUUGUUGUCUCGUGGCUUCCACCAAUCGACGAGCAAAAUCUCGUUCGAGGCUAUCAAGUCGGAUGGGGUUUGAGUGUUCCGGACACGGAGACCGCGCGAGUUAGCGCAUCUACAACACAAUAUAAAAUCCCGCGUUUACAUUCGGGAAGAGAUUAUGUGAUCUCAUUGAGAGCUUUUAAUAAUUUUGGAGCCGGAUUUCCGAUUUAUGAGACUGUUCGAACAUUGUCCAGAGAUGUUGUUUUUGGGGGAGAAGAUGCGAGUGAAAAUGAAGAUGAGGAAUUAGUUGGGGAAGGUGAAAGUACACCAGUUGGUGUGAGAGCUGAAGCGAUUUCAGCCACAAGUAUUCGAGUAAUUUGGACGGAAGCUGAUGAAACAUCAUUCAACACUUUAUAUACUGUUAGAUAUAGCACAAGUGUUGAUGGAAAUCAGCAUAGAUAUGUGAAUAGCACGGAAACUUGGGCGACUAUUGAGGGAUUGCGACCGGCGACGGAAUAUGAAUUUGCUGUGAGAGCGAUUUCGAAUGGAUUUUCAUUGAGUGCGUGGAGUAUGGCGACGAGGAAUCGGACGCAAUCCGCACCGCCUAGCAGUGCGCCAAGGGAUUUGACGGUUUUGCCGGCGGAGUCGGGAGAUCCCCAUUCGGCGUCUUUGCAUUGGCAGCCACCCAAAUAUUCGAAUGGAGAAAUCGAGGAAUAUUUGGUGUAUUACACGGAUAGGUCGUCGUUGGCGGAUAAAGAUUGGAUUAUUAACUAUGUGGCGGGCGAUAAAUUGUCGCAUCAAGUUAGCAAUUUGUUGCCGAAGGCGAAUUAUUUUUUCAAGAUUCAGGCGAGGAAUGAGAAAGGUUGGUUGGUUUUUUUCGCUCUGAAAUUGUGAAAUUUUCGCUCGUUUUUUAGAGAAAAAGCCUGAAAUUGUCUUUAGAAAAUACGAAACAGUUUUUGAGAAAAUUUUCAAAAUUUUUUUUUCUCAAUUUUGAAGUCUGUAAAAAAUUUGAAAAAUUAAGAAUUUCCAAAAGUUCGCUAUGAAAAUUGUCUGAGAAAUUCAAAAAAUUAGACAUUUCGAAAAUUUUCGCACUGAAAAUUGCUUGAAAAAAUCGAAAAAUUAGGCUCCAGAAGCUGAAAAAUUUCGUUUUUCGUCCCAAAAUUCCCGAAAAAUUCCAGAUUUUUCAAAAACAGAAAAAAAUACGUUUCAAAAUUUUGAUAUAAUUUUCUAUCAAAUAUUAUUUUCAAUAAAUCUCCGUUAUUGUUUCAAUGGAAAAAUUUCGUGCUGAAAACGAUAAGCUAGCUAAAAAUAAAUAUUUCCGCUGUUUUCAGCACAAAAAGUUGGGCUUUCGGUCCGGAAAUUGAAAAAUUUCGCUUUUCGACCCGAAAAUCUCCGAAAAAUCCAGUUUUUCAAAAACAAAAAAGUAUAAGUUUCAAAAUUUUGAUAUAAUUUACAAUUAAAUAUUUGUUUUCAUUCAACUUUGGUCGAAAAGUUUCUCAGAAAUUGACAUAAAAACACUUUCUCAGUCAUAAAAACUUGAAAAUCUCCAUUUUUGAUCAGGUUUAAUCUCAAAAUUGCUUCUUUUCGGCAAAAAUUGAAAAAUUUCGAGAAGAUUCGAAAAAAGUAGCUUUUUUUAUGCAAAAAGCACAAAAUUUAAUCAAUUUUCUCCCUGAAAACUUUAAAUUUUUGAUUUUCUAGGAUUUCAGCUCAAAAUCAGCAAUUCUUGGUAAAAAAUUCGACUUUUCCAAAAACAAAAAAAAAUACGUUUCAAAAUUUUGAUAUAAUUUAUUAUCAGAUAUUCUUUUCAAUCUAUAUAAGAUAUAUCUUCGAUAUUUGAAUGGAAAAAUUUCGUAGCUGAAAAUAAGUUAUUCCGCUGUUUUCAGCACAAAAAGUUGGUCUUCAAAUAUUUUUAACGAAUUUUUUUGCAGGACAUGGACCAUUUUCAUCAGUAGUUGGUUAUACUCCUUCGGGUGGUGCGAUUUUGUCUGGAAAUAAUAAUCGACGUGGUUAUGGAACUUCGUCAAAUGGCACAAAUCGAAUCGGAAUAAUCGAUCAUUUGAAACAAGUUUUUGCUGAAAACCCCCUCUAUCUUCUAUUGCUCAUCGCUCUAAUUCUCAUCCUAUUCCUCUCACUUAUUCUUAUUCUGAUGUGUUGCUUCAGAAGAUCAUCGGCGGUUAAUAAAAAUGGAUAUCAAUCAGCGAAAAAAACGAGUCAAAAUGGCGUUGAAGGAGCACCGAAUGAUUUGUGGAUCAAUGGAGCUGGAAGUCAUAUGAGAGCCGGCACUUCGGAUUAUAUGGUGGAUGGAUUGGCGACGGCGCAUUUGACGGCGGUUGAUAUUGAAUCGCCGACACCCAGAUAUCAUCAUCUACAAGGUUUGGUUUUGGGGUUUUUGGUUUUGAAAAUUGCGGUUUUUCAAUAAGAAAUCUAUGCUUUUGUACAGUUUUUGAGCCCAGAAAUGAGCCAAAAUUGAGAAUUUUCUGAAAAUCGCGGUUUUGAGAGCUAGGAAACCAGAAAAGAAAGAUAUCGCUCAUGUUAAACCACAUUUUUUGAUAUUCUUGGAACUUUUGGAGUAUUUCUCAAACUGAGUCCAAGGUCGAUUUAUCAAAAUCAAAAGUUUUGACAAAAAUUUCAAAUUUGCUACAAAAAUCACUAAAUUCACGGGAUUUCAGCCUUCCUCAAAAAUUUGAAUUUUCUGAACUCGAAAUUCGGAAAAAAUCUGAAUAUUUUCUCGAAAUUUAAGGGAUGUCAUAACAAUUUUGAAAUUUCAUUCAAAAUUUGCUUUUUCUCGAAAUAAAUUUAUUCAAUUUUGAACCAAAAAUCGAUAAUUUCAGAAAUUUUCAAAUCAAUCUAUUUAUAAAAUCCCCUAAGGUGUUAUUGAAAAAAAUGUUUGAUGUCAUUGAAAAAAAUGCUUGAUGAAAAAUUAUAUCAAAAUUUUGAAACGUAUUUUUUGGUUUUUGAAAAAAUAGAAAAUUUUUUGAGUCAGAAAAUCAAAAAUAAGAAUUGUAGCUGAAAAUUGAAGGUUUUGGGAAAAUCCAUGAAAUUUUCGUGCUUUUCGCAUAAAAAAGCUGAUUUCUGGAUGAAAAACGAACAUUUUUCAGUUUCUGAACCCAAAUUUUUCAAUUUUUACUGAACAAGCAAUUUUGAGCCUCAAUUUGAUCAGAAAUGUAGACUUUCAAGUUUUUAUGGCUGAAAAUGCUUUUUUCUCGAGAACAAUUAAGAAUGUACAAGAAUUUUGAACCAAAAAUCGAUAAUUUCUGAAUUUUUCAAAUUAAUCUAUUGCUAAAAUUCCCUAAGGUGUUUUAUAAUUGAAAAAAAUUUUGAUAAUAAACUAUAUCAAAAUUUUAUAACGUAUUUUUUUGGUUUUUGAAAAAUUAGAGAAUUUUUGAGUCAAAAUUACUGAAAACGUGGCAAAUAUCUGAGAAAAACACGAAAUUUCAAAAAUUCUCCAUUUUUGGCUCAUUUUUGGGCCAGAAAAAAACUGAAAACGGGUGAAAAACUGUACAGAAACAUCCAUGUCUCAUUGAAGAUCUCCCCUUGUAAAUAGUACAUUUUUAUGAUUUUUUUCCGCCCUCUGAAAUAUUCUAAGUUUCUCUUUGUACCCUUUGUUAGACUCGGUUUAUGGUUCGAUUGGCGGAAGACCGCCAAGACCAGAAAGAUCAUCGAGAACUCCAAUGGCAACAUCAAUGAGUUCAGCGGUUGAAGACGAGGAGAUUGAAACGAAUUGUUUGAUUGCGAAAAAUGUGAAAAUUGAAAGGCCAAUGGCACGAGUUGUUUCGAUUGCUCAAAAUGGUAUUGAUGUUGUGUGGAGUGAUUGAAUGUGAAAUGUGAUUGAAUGUGGAUCAGACCAGCUCUGAUGUGGAUUUGUGUUUUGUGCACGUGUUAUUUUGUCUUUACACGUUUCUGGAAAAAUAAUUGAUGUUAACACAAUUUUUAACCAAAAAAAAACUAGGAAUUUUUAUGUUUAAUAUGAGCAAUACUGAAAAAAACACAUUUUUAGCCUAAUGAGUGAUUUUUCAAAUUAGCAUUGCUCAUGUUAACAAUUCAAAAAAAAAUUAUUUUUUUUUUGUGUUUAAUAUGAGCAAUGCUGCAAAUUUGAUUUUACAAAUCGAAUUUUUAGGGUUUUUAACAUGAGCAAUGUUUUUUUUAAUUAGUAUUGCUCAUAUUAAAAAUUCAAAAAAAAAUGUUUAACCUGAGCAAUACUCUGAAAAUUUGAGAAAAUCAAAAAAUUUGGUUUAACAUUAGCAAUACCUUGUUUUUUUGCAAUUUUUUUCCUUUUGAAAAAUUUUCUGUGGAAAAAAUUGUGGCAUUGCUCAUAUUAAACAAAGAAAAACUAAAAUUCUAAAAUUCUAUGGUCCUUCUUUAUGCGUUGCUCAUAUUAAACAUUAAGCAUUGCUCAUAUUAAACAAAAAAAAAUUCUAAAAAUUCAUGGUUUCUUCUUAUUACAGUCACUAAAUCCUUCUUCUUCCAACUUCUAAUUCCGAAUGGGUUUUCUCACUGAUUUGCGGUUUUUUCCCUACUCACCUUUUCCCCGUUCCCCCAAUCCCUUUAUAAUUCCUCGUUUUUUUCCAGGUCAAGGAACAUUGACUCGAAGCUAUCAUCAAUCAUCGCAAAGUUUGGAAGGCGCUCGUCAACGAACACCUCAAGUUGUUUACACCGGAACCGGUCGACAUCAACCGAUUCACAAGAUCGACUUCUGUGAAUCGCCCUACGGUUCAUCGUCGGCGAUCGGAAGUGCAGCCACACCGCCGCUUCCAAUGCAAGCUCCACCAUCUGGACCGCCAACUGUCAUUGAUGGAUAUCGAACGCUGCGUGGAACACCGCCCAGUUCAGCGAAUGCGCUCCGAUCUUUCACACAAUUAGCCGGCGCCACUCCACCACCGCCUCCAGUUGUGCCUGGAAGCACCCCAAGAAUCAUACAAGCUGGCGGCCGACAAGUUCCGGUCGGCAGAGCCACCGCACAACCACGUGUCAAUGUGGCCAAUAUCUAUAGUCCGUAUGCGUCGUGUUCGUCGGAAAAUGGAGAAUCGGAAAAGGCGAGUGGGAAGAAUGGAGGAGGAGCGGAUAGUAUUGAGAUGAGAGAGACGCCGACGAAACAUGUCGAGAGGAAUAUUAAUAUGAUGGUGAGGAAUUUUGGAGAAAGGCGGGGAGGGUUUGAAAAUUGGAAAGUUUGUUUUUACAAUUUUAAGGCACAGAAAAUUGAAAAUAUUUUGUUUUUGGCCAAAAAUGAUUUUGAGGAAUUUUGGGAAAUAUUCAAAAAAAAAUUGUUUUGGCCGUUUUUUUGGUCAAAAUGUGGUCAAAAACUCAGUGAAUUCGACAAUUUUUGUUCGAAAUUCGGUCGAAAAACGUCAGAAAUUGAACUAAAACAGUUUUUCAGCCAUAAAAACAUUAAAAUCGAAAUUUUCGAUGAAAUUCAAUCUCUUAAUUGCUUAUUUUCGGCUGAAAUUGAGUAAUUUGGGUCCAGAAACUGAAAAUUUGAGCUUUUUCAUGCAAAAAGCACAAAAUUCAAUCAAUUUUCCUCCCGACAACUUUCAAUUUUUGAUUUUCUAGUAUUUCAGCUCAAAAUCAGCGAUUUUUGACUCAAAAAUUCCGAUUUUCCAAAAACAAAAAAAAAUACGUUUCAAAAUUUUGAUAUAAUUUUUAUCGAACUUUUUUUUUCAAUUCUUUUUCCAGUCCAUAGUUGAAUAAAAACCAAAAUUUCUUUAAUUCAUCGAUUUUUAGAUAAAAAAAUGAGCAGAUUUUGAAAAAGUUUCAAAUUUUGAUCUAAAAAUCGAUAAUUUGAAGAAAUUUUGGUUUAUGGAUUUGAUUCAGUCACUUGAAAUCGGAAUUGAAAAAAAAUGUUCAAUAAAAAAUUAUACCAAAAUUUUGAAACGUAUUUUUUUUUGUUUUUGAAAAACUGGAUUUUUGAGGCAAAAUUUGCUGAAAACAAUGUUUUUUGCAUGAAAAAGCCCAAAUUUUCAUUUCUGGAGUCAAAUUACUUAAUUUUAGCCGAAAAUAAGUAAUUUAGAGACUAAAUUUCAUCAAAAAUGUCGAUUUUCAAGUUAUUAUAGCUGAAAAAGUGAAUAUAAAUUUAUCUAGAAUAAAUUUAUCUAUGACGUGGCAAUUUACAAAUCUGAAAUUUGUUCCAGCCAUCAAAUUCCACCGAAGAACUCAACGCUCAAAUGGAGAGUCUUGACACAAUGAUUGAUGAUCUUCAACAAUUACAACAUGCAUUCCAAGAUAAUUGA